GCCAUGGUCAUAUUAAUGAAAAUGUAACUCUAUUGACAAAAAAAAUGAGAGUGAAUCCUAAACAGAAACUUCACAAAUACACGUAAAUGACGUCACAGUGCUAUCUCUUAGCAUUGACAUACCGGUAUCUUUUUUUAGGACGGUUGACGCCACCUUUUUCCAUGUUCAUUUCAAAUCAGUGGAAGCCAUGUGUCAUUAAAACCAAAAAGAUUAAGACUUAGGCCUGCAUAUGUUACACUAUGUGCUUAGUUAUUUAAAUGCGCUUUUUUUUUCUCAAUUGUACCAUAGCUAUAUAGGACUUCCAUAUGUGCCUGAUUUUCACAUUUAUGUAUGGUCCCUUAACCUAGCCAUGUUAAAGUCUCAGGCAUAUGGCCUAUACUAUUUCAAACUUUCUUCGUAUUUUAGAGUUGAUCCCUUUUCUAAGAAAGAAUGGUACGAUGUCAAGGCCCCCUCCAUGUUUUCUGUGAGACAAAUUGGAAAGACACUGGUUACACGUUCUCAAGGAACAAGUACGUUUUAAUUUUUAUGAAUAUAAUUUUUUUAACUGGUAAAUAAUUAUGUUGGGCAGAAGGGCUGAUUUUGGGUUAGCUGUAAGGCAGGCAAUAUGUUUCAUGGUAUAGUGAGCUUCUAAUUCAUUACAAUAUUCAUAUUCAAAGCACUGAACAAUGAGCAUUAAUAUGUGAAUUCUUUUUUUUCUACCCCAUUAGAGAUUGCCAGUGACAAUUUGAAGGGCAGAGUUUUUGAGGUUAGCUUAGCUGAUCUUCAAAAUGAUGAAGUAACUUUUCGGAAAUUUAAGCUUAUUGCCGAAGAGAUUCAAGGACGUAAUGUCUUGACUAACUUCCAUGGUAUGUCUCUGACAAGAGAUAAACUAUGCUCUAUGGUCAAGAAGUGGCAGGUAAUUAUUAACAUUUCAUCUAUUUUUAUUAGUAUUUUACCCAAUUGAAGUUCCUGGUGCUAAAAGUAUAUUGUUUUUUGUCAAAAUCAGUCCCUGGGACAUUUUCUUAUCCGGUUUAGCCAAGUGUACUGCAUAAAUUUGAAUACAUUUUAGAUGUGCCCAAGUCCUUUCUUUGAGCAUGCCAAGAAAUGAGAAUGAUAAAUUUUAUAGUCAACAUAAGUAUUUGAACUGGAUUAUCUCGAAACUGGUAUUUUGUGAUGUGGUACUUUUAAGCACUGCCGUCUUCAAUUAUUUACAUAUUUUUAGAAACUUUGAUCUUUUUCUUAUACUUAAGUUCAUUUCCAUGAACCUCUCUCUCUCUCUCUCUCUCUCUCUCAAGACUUUGAUUGAGGCCAAUGUUGAUGUUAAGACAACUGAUGGAUACCUACUUCGUGUAUUUGUCAUUGGCUUCACAAAAAAGAGAAACAACCAGGUCAAAAAGACAUGCUAUGCCCAACAUGCUCAGGUUAGUAGAUUUUUAUAUUAUAUUAUAGCAGUUAUUAAAUAAAAUAGAAUUUGUUUCUUUGAUUGUGUUGAUUUAUAAGCAUGGUAAUUUGUUUAACAGGUGUGGGGGCAGGGUGUAUAUGUUUUAGUUUUAAAUUAUUUUGCUGUUUUUACAAGUUUCUUUGUCUAGUCAGAAUAUACAUUUGAUCAAACUAGGUAGUCCAAACUAAAAUUUUCUAUACAUAGCAGACAUAUUUGGUGAGUUUCACCUGACAGAACUUUUUAUUCUAAGAUAUAGGCCACUUAUUUCAUGUAGUUAUCUCAAUAAACAAAAAAGUUAUGCGAUUUUCAAAUUUGCUGAAAAUCGACCAAAAAUGGAUUUUUUUACCUUGUGAAAAAGUCCCAUGUUUAAGGACCUAUAUUUUCUAAAAUAAUCAACAGAGAAUUCCAGGAAUUGGUAUAUGUGCUCCAAAGUUUACAAUAUUUAAGCCCAAUUUUUUUCAAGCAGCCAGAUCUAUUAAUUCUUAAGUUAUUAAAAAAUAAAAAAUAACAAUAAUGAUUUUUAGUCAUUUUUAUUUUCUGACAGGAAAAGUGUAAAAAUACACAUUUUCAAAAAUUUGUUAAAAUUUCUGUUAUUGACUUACAUAAAUAUGUCAUACAUCAAAUUAAAGAUAAUUUUAAGCAGAACAACAUGCAGUAUGCCUUAACAUCAUCAAUAAACACUUAAAGGCACUAAAAUAAGUCUAAAAGUACUCACUUAGCGUUUUUUUUAAAAAUGAAGGUUUAAAAAAUUUGAUUAGAAAAUGCAUUUUAUCACAUAAUUGUGAUAAAAUCAAAGGAAUAUGAUGUCAGAUGUGUUUACUAUUAAUUAAAAGACUAAUAAAAAAAAAUAUCAAUGCAGAGUAUUGUCAAAAAUAUAAAGCAAUUGAGCAUACAUUUUAAUUAAAUUGUCAGGGAAAUGCCUGGUCUAUCAACUGGGGGGUGACUGGGUAAGCUUCUGUAACCAAUUUGUAAUCUUGUUGGUCUUAUUCCCCAGUAGCUUGAUAAGUGCAUUAUCAAUAGCAAUUGUCAACUCUAGCCACAAUGUUGCACCCAGGGUCUCCGCUGUGGAAUGAACAAUUAAACUUAGAGAGCAUACAACAUUGUUUUAAGUAUUCAUAGGUGUAAUAUAAAAACUAAAUAUUGAGAGAACUGGGCGAGUCCAUUUCAAUAGGCCUUAGGUACCGGUAGUACUAGUGAGUAUAAGAUGAAAUAAUAUUGAAACAAUUCUAACUCAGAAAUACGUUUCAUUGAGUUUUAAUAAAUGCUUCACAAUCUCAUUGUCAAGAUAAGCUUACAAAUUAUUUGUUUAAUUAUUUUGCUGUGUAUAAUGUUUUAUUCACUUGAACCCUCCUACCCCAGAUAAAAAUUUAAGUCGGUCCACCCCAAUGUUUACUCGCCGGCAUCCAUUUUUAUUUUCUCGAUCGGACAGAAACCCCCUUUGAAAUCAACAAUACUAUCUUUAUUUUAAAAUUGCAUUUAUAAAAUAUAAGAAAGAUCAAACAUUAACAUGUCUGCGACAUGUCUAUCAAUUUUUUUUAUCGCUAGACUGUCCUCAAUUAAAUACAUUUGGUCCGAUCGGCAACAUAUCUCCUAGUCAAGUUCACAAUAGCUACAAUUCGUUAAAAUAUAUCUAAUAGCUGACGACACCAAAUUAAGUUUAACUCACUUCUAAUCAACAUUUACAUUCACUAAUACUAAUACAUUAUAUGAAAAUUUAAUUAUAUUACUUACUUGUUGAUUAAAAGCCCCAACAUGGCUAAAAAAGCAACCGCCAUAACGCUGGUACUAGUACUAGUCACCAAGCGCGCGUUAGGCGUCUAGUGCUAGCGGUGUGGAACUGGAAAUGGGGGUGUUUUUGUAAACAUCGCUGCUACGCGUCAAUCAUGCCCACUCAUUUGAUCUCGUGAUAUUAAAUAGUUAAAGACCUGAUCUUUCCAACGGUGUAAAGAGUGUCCUAAUAUCUCCAUGUUUUCGACCAUUUUUUUAAUACGAAAGUUUUCAACCGGCUUUUUCAAAAUGAAAUAAGCAAGGUAGAUAAACUUUCUAUGCAUCAAACGAAAGGACAGCAUCUGCUCUUUCUUAUGGUGGUAGAAUUAUUGCGAUAACUUAAAUAGACGCGUAGCCGUGGGCGUUUGAAACACCUUGGGGUAAACCGGUACUCGCAAAAACGCCGUAAAAUUGGUCAAAACUGAUACUUUUCAAACACAGAAAAAACACUUUCAAACACAUGUUACAGUCAUGCAAGUAACACAUUUCGCCAGAUAAAGACUUAAACUUUAUUCACAUAUACAUUUUAUUGCUGUAUCGCUACUAGAAGAGGAUUAAUUAUUUUUUUGAAAACUUCGAAAAAUGACCCUAAAACGCAUUUUUUCUUUAGUUUGGACUACCUAAUCAAACACAUUUUUUUUACAAGACAAAGGGGUGGUCCAAAUUCCUACUAAUUACAGUAUAUGUAGUCAUGUAGCUUCCAAAGCUUCGCUUUCUCUCAUUUUUAUAUCCAAUCACUGGUAAAUAUUUUAAGGAUCUUAUCAGGCAUUUUACCUGACAUGAAAAUGAUUUCUAAGAGACUACUUUAGCCAUUGCAAAUUUUUCAGCAGCUUAGUUAUUGUCAAAUGUGUUGGUGUCAAAAUAUAGUUUUAGGUCUUUGGUUGACAAUAUUAUAUUGGAUUACAUCUAUAUUGAACUUUUAUAAUUAAAUCGCUUCCAUAGCUAAUUCUUUACCCCUUUUACUUCAUAUCUAAUUAAAUUAUUUGCAAUGAUGAAAGGAACUUGCCCUCUCUUAAAUGAGAUGAUGAAAAAGUUUCCAGUGUACUCGACCUGAGCAAAUAUGUUUUGAAUCUGUAUCUUACAUAUUUUCUUAGAAUUUUAAUUAUAUCAGCUUGGUUUUGUUUCACAGUUGAAUUUUAAGUAUUUUUAUCUAUCUGUGUAGGUCAAGGCUAUUCGCAAGAAGAUGGUUGAAAUUGUAAGCCGUGAGGUGUCUAGCAAUGACAUGAAGGAGGUUGUCAAUAAGCUGUGAGUGGCUGUGUUUAGAUUUGUUACUUGCUACUUACAAAUGAUUGGUUUUCUUUUCCGGCUGAUGUUGCCUUUCAGCAAAUAUGAGCUAAGGCUAAAGCAAUACUGAUGGGAUAGGGUGGUGUUUUUUGUUUUUUUUUGGGUGGGGUCUGUGAGAAUUGGAGUGCAGGAUCCAACAAUUGACAAUGGCAAUCUGAAAGAGAAAUCGAAAUAUAUAUCUCCACCACUUUAAAGAUUUUUCUUUCUACUGGAAAGUAGGAACACAAUUGAUACAAUUUAUCCACUCUCCCUAUGGAUUUGUUGAACACAUCCACAAGAGUAGGAAUAGUCCCUUCACACUGAACUCCUGGGGCACGAUGUGUAACUGUGGAAGUCCCUGGAGCAGUGUUAGUGCUUAGCAGCGUAGCACAUCUUUUAUCCUUCUAGACUGGCCGCAGGAUUUCCAUUUUGCCUGACUUUGAUUUCUCAUUUUUUCAUAUUUUGUAAUUUUGUGGGUUUAAAUUUAGAUGGCCAUCCUUUUCUAUUGGGCCUUAUUGUUGAGCAGCAAUAACUUUGCCAAGGGAUCCUGUGCUAAACAGUAUCGACAAGAAAUUAUCUAAUAAGAAGUGGUGAUAAUUAUAUAAAAAUCCCCCCCUUUGUAACAACUUGGUGUCCACUUCCAUGAGCCCUUUCAUCUUCCCAGUAUACAUAAUAAAAUCAAGAAGGUAACUGUGUGUUGUUCACCCAUCGACUAGGACCAUCGAAUCAUCCGGUUAGGGGGUUGGGAUUACGGUGAGCUCGUAGGUGGCUUGUUAGACCGAUCCUUGCUCGGAAUAGUCUGACACCGUGGGCAUGGAAUAGUUGCUUCAGACGGUGACCUAAUGUUGCUCUUUCGGACAAGCCUGCAUGUUUCAGCUGUGGUUAUUCUAUUAGCUUCAUGGGAUUUAGCCCCCUUCUUGACAGCAGCUCUCCACCUUUCUCUGUCCUGGGCUGUCUGCACCCGUUGAGUAAGGUUAAUGUUGAAGGCCUUUAGUGCCACUUUCAGUGAGUCUUUGUAACACUUUUUUUGGCCUCCUUUGGAGCGCUUGCCUAUCGUGAGUUCUCCGAAGAAUAAUUGUUUCGGGAGCCGGUGGUCUGCCAUACGGGCUACGUGUCCCAUCCAACGGAGCUGAGACUGCAUCAGAGUGGUGAAGAUGCUAGGUAGGUUCGCUCUAGCGAGGACUUCCGUGUCGGGGACUUUGUCUUGCCACCUGAUGUCGAGGAGUGUCCUGAGGCAGGUAGUGUGAAAAUGAUUCAGUUUCUUGGCGUGACGCUGGUAGACUGUCCACGUUUCACAUCCAUAAAGCAGUGUCGGGAGGACUGCUGCGCUAUAGACCUUGAGCUUUUUUUCUCGACUGAUACCUCUCCUGUCCCAAACAGUGCUGCGGAGCCUGCCAAAUAGGGCACUAGCUUUUGCGAGUCUGCCAUUCAUUUCAUCAUCCAUGGUGACAGAUCUAGAGAGGGUGCUGCCCAAGUAAGUAAAUUUAUCCACCGGGUUGAGACGCUGUCCACUGAUGAUGAUGUUGGGUUCAACGUAGGGCUUACUGGGAGCUGGCUGAUACAUCACCUCAGUCUUCUUUGUGUUGAUUGUGAGGCCAAAGUUAUUGCAGGCCUCAGAGAAGAUAUCAACGCUGUGUUGCAUGACGGCUUCUGAUGGAGCAUUGAGGGCACAAUCGUCUGCAAACAGAAGCUCGUUGAUCGUGGUAUGUUUGACCUUGGUUUUAGCUUGAAGCCUCCUAAGGUUAAAUACUGAUCCAUCAGUACGAAACCGGAUUGGCAAGCCCAUGGUGGAGUCCUUGAACGCAUCAGACAGCAUUGCGGAAUACAAAAUACUGAAGAGUGUGGGAGCAAGAACACAACCCUGCUUUACACUGUUUGGUACACCGUUUGUGACGGGGAAUGCUUGAGAUGAUUGACCAUUGUCCUGUACUCGGGCAAUCAUACCAUCAUGCAGCUGACGGAUGAUGUUUGUGAACUUGUCUGGGCAUCUGUAUUUCUUCAUGAUUUUCCACAAGCCACCUCUUAUUGACCCUGUCAAGGGCCUUAUUCAAGUCGAUAAACGUAGAAUAUAGGUCUGUAUUUUGUUCCUGGCAUUUCUCUUGAAGCUGUCAAGCAGCAAACACCAUAUCGAUGGUUCCGCGUUUUUUGCGGAAACCCGCACUGACUUUCGGGCAGGAGACCUAGCUCCAGAUGUGCAUUCAGGCGGUUCAGAAGGGCACGGGCCAAGAUCUUGCCUGCAAUGGACAGUAGUGAAAUUCCGCGGUGAUUGUCGCAAUGCCUGGUGGUUUCCUUUGUGUUUGUACAGGUGGAUAAUUGAGGCAUCCUUGAGGAUGACUGAUGACUUGCGCGGGUGACAUAAUAAAAUCAAGAAGGUACCAUGUAGAUGAAUCAGCAGCACACCAAACCUAAAUACCCCAGGGGUUAUGUUUUUUUUUUAUGUACUUAAAUGGUAAAUGCCACUCUUCCGCUGUAGGCUAUCAUUGCCUCAUAGAAACUUAUGUUCUUGCCUGCUGUAAAACGGGGCUGAAUUAUAUAUUAUGAGUUCUAUAAGUGGCCUUACUUUAUGUAGGAGGUCUUGGCCUCUGGGAGGAUUUAAGAGAUGAGUCACAUAGAUCUAGGUAUUGUGGCAGCUUCUCGUACGCGAAGCCACCUCUUGGACAUGGAGACGAUCAUCUGUUCAACAGUAAUCAGAUUAUUCUGGUAGAACAUGAAUGCCCAUGAUUAUAUAAAUAUGAAACAUUUUAUUUCACCAACUGCUGGCUUCCAAUAUUUGUCCACUUCAACUUUAGCAGCCCUUUGAUGAUGUUGUUCACCAUACAUAUUUGUUUGGUUUACUGCUGUUGUAUAAAAGUCUUCCGGAAGUAACACAACUAAAAUGGUCAAAUGGCUCUGCAUCUGACUCUAAUUCAUGUUUAGGACCACUAUCUGCAAUAAAUUCCCUGACCACAUCGGUAGACAAGUCAUCGAGCGUCACCCAAAAUUAUCGACACUCUUAUUAAGUGUCUAUGGGUAGGUGCGAGGAUCAGCGACUCCCAAGGGGGAAAGGGUUAAAUACAAUUCAACUUAUUUGUGCUAAUAUAAAUUAAAAGCUUUGCAAUAUAUUUUCAUUUAUAAAUAACAACUUGCAUUUACUUUUUUUUCCCCAACAGUAUUCCAGACAGCAUUGGUAAGGAUAUAGAGAAGAGUUGCCAAGGGAUUUACCCACUGCAUGAUGUUCUCAUUCAGAAAGUAAAAGUCCUCAAGAAGCCCAAAUUUGAUGGUAAGAUUUGAUGAGUUUUGUCACUGAUUUUUAUUCCAUUUUCUGAAAUCAUGUUCUUAAACUUAAAUUUGUGUGAGAUCAGAUUUAGAUUGUGGAUAGUUAAUAAGGUUUAUCUUUUUAAGGAUUCAGCAGUAGGCCUCAGCAGUUUAGUUGAGAUUUUUCCAUUGUUGUGUGUUAUUUUGUUUAUGGUAAUGUUAAAUUUUCUGUUUUUGCAGUUGGUAGAUUGAUGGAACUCCAUGGAGAGGGUGGUGCAAGUACCACCACCACCAAGACUGCAGAGGGAGGAGAGAAAGUUGACCGUGUUGAUGGCUAUGAGCCACCAGUACUUGAAACUGUCUAGACAAAUUGACCUAUUAAAUGAACCAAAGUGAAUAAACUGUAGGAUUUGUUUUUUUUAGUUUAUAUGUCUGUGGAUAAAUGGGUAUUACCAUGACAAGGAUGUUAUUGUUUUUUUUCUGCCUGUUUGAAUGGUACUUCUUUGUAAAGGUAGGUGGGGAAAACCACAUCGAAAAAAAGUGGGCUAAACUAUGAAACUUGGGUGGGAUAACUUUGCCACAAAAUUGAAGGGGUGAUGAUAAACUUUUUUUGAAAUAUGCAGGCCUUUGAGUUAUGUAGAACCUAAUCAGCUAUUCUGAGCACACAAUGAUUCACUGAAUGCAUUACUGGGGAACAACUCACUUUAUAGACUGAAAUCAAUAUGUUCAAUUGGAUCAAUAAAGGAAUCUUUACUUAUUUCUUCACUUUUUUUUUUACUUGAUGUCUCAUUUGAAGGCUGGCUUUUGGCAUGCUUUGUGCCAUAUUAUAC